GCCCGAUUUCAGUGGCGGUUCCCGCCAUCUCUCUUUCUAUAUAUAUUCUUGUAAGGCGUGUUGCAAUCGCUUUUCGUUCUCUUUCCUCCGUCUGCGAAACUGCGAAUCCCCUCUCUUGUUUGGAAAGUUCAAGAUCUUUAUCCCCAAUUUUGUUGUUUGAUUAUCGAUGGAAAACCCUAACACAAAUGCAGUAGAUCUGGUACUAAUCCCACGCAUCCGAAUCGAUUUUAAACUUGUACCAGUUGAUGGUUCUGACUUCUAUUUAUCACGACAUUUUGUUAGUAUGAUCUCAUUUUUGGUAGAGGUUCUUGUCAGGCCUCGAGAUCGAUGGUUUACGCUUCCCGAGCAUGAUAUUGACCUCGAACCAUCCGUAUCGCCGGCUGGUUGGGGUUGGUAUAGGGAUAGGAAACCGAAGAUAAUAGACGGCGAUCCUGGAUUUUUGUAUGUACGGAACUUGACUUUCAUUCUCAACGAUGCCGCCACCUUCCACGGCCAAGAUUUGGAAACCAAACUCCACCAGGCUAAACACUUCUUUCUUGAGAAGCUGACCAAUCAGAUUUUAUAUCAUGAAACUUUAGGACACGAGCUUAAAAUUGUGCCGUUUUUGAAACCAUCUGAAGAUGCUCGUCAAAUGAUUAACCUCCUCAAAGCAUCACCACAGGAGUCACCCACUAUUGUUCUCAAGGGUUUGCCUUGUGACUGGCUUGCUGAUGAACCAUCUAUGCUGAAUCUUCGCAACUUUUUUGGGACUCUUGGGAGAGUCAGGGAUCUUGAUCUUGAUAUGGGUGAGAACAAUGUCUCGAUCCAAUUCGAGGACUAUGAGGAGUGUUGCAAAGCAUUAAAAAAAUUGUGUUCAUUUUCUUUGAAGAUGGAAAAGAAUAAGGAGUCAAGGGUGGUUGACUAUGAAGUGUCCUUGAAGAACGUCUCCCAGGAAAUGUUAGCCAAUGACAGCGUUCUUAAAGGGUUGUCUUUGAAGGAUGAUUCUGUGCCAAUGGAGAAGGAAACUUUCACGGAGGAAAUGCAGGCUUUGAAGAUUCGAAUGGCAAAGCUUGAAGAGGAAUUGAAGGGUUUGAAAGCUAUUAUAGGGGCUCGUUACUGUCACUAAGUUAUUUUGAUGAAACUAGUAUUUCCUUUAUUAGGUAUUUUUCCUUAGUAACUUGGUCAGGUAACUUCUAUGACAUAGGUACUUACAAUGUCUUUAAAUUAGGCCAACACAUUUUAACUUCAGCAUUGACAACUAGAAAUCCUAUUAGUAGAGAUUAUGCUACUACAUGUAGAUAUAAGCUCCAAUUUGCAAAGAUUGAUGGUGGAGUAUCUUGUUUAUUCUGGAGUCUUAAGUUGUGUAAGGUAAUUAUGUGUUUGUAUUUCCUAAGUGCUUUGAUGUUGGAUACUCACUUGUAUUCCACCCUUAGUGGGUGCAUGCUAAAUUAAUGAUUGGUGUUUACUUGA